ACGUUUAUUGCGCAUACAAGGUUAAACGAUUAAAUGUGUCAAGUGACAUAAUCAUUGGAACUCUGACGGCGACAACAUGUUCGGCGCAUUUGUCCUUACUUUGAUCGUUACAGACACUGGAGCUUUUUUGAUAAGUCCAUUUGACCAUGGACGAGUUGUGCAGACGCUAACAGUCAACAAUGGAGGGAAAUGGGGUGACUGGGGUAGUGCGGUAUUUUGUCCACCGGGAUCAUACGCAGCUGGCUAUGAUAUGAAGAUUGAACCAUAUCAAGGCGGCUGGGUUGACGACACCGCUAUGAAUGGGAUAAAAUUAUACUGUGAAACCUCGGAAGGACACCUGACAACUACUAUCACUUCAGGAGUGGGGCCAUGGGGCAACUGGAUCGGACGUGCAUCAUGCAAUCAUCCGAGUGGAUCACAGUUCUACCUGACCGCUUUUGAUUUACAAGUAGAACCUCCGCAAGGUGGCUUUAUCGACGACUCGACUGCUAAUUUUGUGCAGUUUAAGUGCCGAGACAAAGGUGGUGAGUUUUCGUCUUAUAUACUUGCUAAAGACCCCGGUCAUGGAAAGUAUGGUUCGUACGGUGGAUGGAGCGCGGAGUGCGUAGAUGGUACAGCAAUAUGUGGGCUGGCAACCAAAGUGGAGGGACGUCAGCAUGGUGGUGACGAUUCCGCCCUAAACAGCGUGAUUUUCUAUUGCUGUAAAUGAAUUUGUGCGAUAUACAGCUUUCUAUCAAUACCUUGUCGUUAUCUGCUUACUUACCUUUAAAAGGAAAUAAAACGCAAUAUCUCA